GUGACAGAGCUCAGAUUGGAAAUGUUUUUUUUUUUUUUACUCCGGUGUUAUUUUUUUUUAAUAACGCAGGUUAAAAUACGGGAGAUUUACGGGAAAAUACUAAUACGGGAGGACGGCGGGAAAGAAGGGUAAAAUACGGGACUUUCCCGGCCAAAACGGGAUACUUGACAGAGAGGAUAUGAAGUGAAGUAGGAGAGGGAAGGGAGUGGGGUCAGGAAUGGACCUCGAUUUGGGACUCAAACUCGGGUCGUCUGAGGCCUAACUGUGUCACAUGUUGGAGCACUUGUUUGCUUAUAAAUGACAAUUCAGAAGAAUCAUUCUGUGGUUGUUCUCAUUGCAUUUCUCAAGUUUAAAGAAUGUAAAACAACAGGUUUUGUAUAAACGGCUGUUCAAGUUACAGAUGCAGACAGUUUUAAAACCUUUCUAAAGUAUUAAAGCAGUUAAACAAUUGUUUAUUAAAGUUAAAUCACAUCAAUCCAUUAAAUACCAAAGUUAUAAACUCUAUAGUCUAGUCUAAAUAUAAAGACACACACACAUGCACACACAUGUUUAUCAGCUAGAAUAAUGUGAAGGGUGUGACAUUCAUUCUGGUAAAAGUAAAUCAGUUCUAAAGAACUGGUAAGUGCUGAAGAAACACAUUUGUCUUUACAUGUUUUCAUGAGACACGUCCUAACAGAGUUUUUAAUGUUCACAGACUCCAGACAGGACGUCUUUUUUCAUUGACACCUGAUGUGAUGCAUCUCACUUGUGUUUAAAUUCAGAGAUGAAGUUCAUCUGUGUGAUUUUACUCAUUCUUACUGGAGUUACACAAUCAGAUGAGUACGAGGUGAUUGGACCUUCAGCUCCUGUGAUGACUGUAUCUGGUGAAGAUGUGAUUCUGCCGUGUUCUAUCAAACCCAACAUCAGUGCUGUGAACAUGAGAGUCGAGUGGUUCAGACCGGAUCUGAAUGGCUCAAUAGUUCAUCUGUAUAAAGAUCAUAAAGACAUAAACACAGAUCAGCUUCAGUCGUACAGAGGAAGAACUCAAGUGUUUAAAGAAGAACUAGAGAAAGGAAACACAUCACUCAAACUCUCAAGAGUCCAAAUCUCUGAUGAAGGACUUUACAAGUGUUUCAUUCAGUCUGAGUCCUGGUAUGAUGAUGUCACUCUUGAUCUCAGAGUUGAAGCUGUAGGUCGUCCUCUAGUCAUCACUGCAGAUGGGUUUGAUGGUUCUGGUGGUCUUCAUCUACAGUGUGAAUCUAAAGGCUGGAACCCUGAACCUGAUCUUGUGUGGCUGAACAGUGAAGGAGUCACUUUAACAUCUGAAUCUCCAGACACACACAGAGAUGACACAGAUGGAUUCAGUGUGAAACACAAGAUCACUGUAUAUAACACUGACACUAAAUAUCACUGCAGAGUCAGAAUGAGGCAUCACACGAUGGAGACUGAGAUCAUCACAUCCAGUAAAAUGUUUCACUCUUGGAGAUCUUCAGUGAUUCUGAUAUCAGUUGCUGUUGUUCUCAGUGUGAUCGCUGGAAUACUGAUCACUGUGUUUGUCUAUAAAAAGAGAGAACUACAGAGAGAGGAACAGAGAAUACAGAAUGAGCGUGAGACACUACGGAUGACUGUAACAAGUGUGACUUCACUGUUAAGAAACUCUUCAGUGAAUGUGACUCUGGAUGCUGAUUCAGCUCAUCCUCGUCUUAUUGUGUCUGAUGAUGGGAAAGAAGUGAGAUGUGAAGACAAACAACAUGUAGGAGUGAAGAAUGAAGAUACAGGACAAAGUAACAAGUUUGAUAAAGAGCUCGGUGUUGUUGGAAAGGAAGGAUUCUCUUCAGGGUGUUUUUAUUAUGAGGUGCAGGUGAAGGGGGUAGAUUGGUGGUAUGUGGGUGUGACCAGUGAAUCUGCUCGGAGGAAGGGGUUGUUCUCUCUGGAACCUCAGAAUGGAUACUGGACAGUGUGUUUAAGUGAUAACAGUUAUUAUGCUGGUGAGUAUCUUGUUCUUUCUCUGAGUGUGAAUCCUGAGAGGAUCGGGGUGUUUGUGGAUUAUGAGAAGCAUCGAGUCUCAUUUUAUGAUGUGAAGUCCAUGAGUCAUAUUCACAGUUUUACUGAUCAAUCUUUCACUGAGAAACUAUAUCCUCUUUUAUUUUUGGAAUCCUCUGUUCCACUCAUCAUCUGUAGUGAUCUCUCAUGAGAUCUGAUAAAUAUCUGAUCUGAAUAUAAAGUGAGGAGAGAUUUACAGACAGAGAACAGAAUAAACAUGUUCAUGAACAACAGGAUCUUGUGAUUAUAAAUUCAGUUUCAGGAUUAAAAAUGAGGAAAUAUAAACUCAUGACUUCAGUUUGUCUUUAAUGAUGUUAUAUGUGGUCAAUAGAUGAAUGUGUGUGUGAGACUCAACAUUAUAUCAGUAUAUGAACACAUUUAAGAACACACUGUGAUAAAUAUCUGUGUCAAUGUGAGACAUCUUUCAUCUAAUAACACUUCAGAAAUAAUCUCUCUCUUUAAUGUCUUUAUUCUUCAUGACUCUUCUGUCUCAUUCUUAAUUCUUCAUUAAAUCUUCAACAUGUUUUCUCACAAACAUUCACUUCUGUUCAAAAGUCACUCCUUCUUUUCAUUUUAGGAUAAUAAAAGAGAUUAAUGCAAAUAUUAUUAAAAUAUAAAUUAAGCUGCUUAAUGUUUGAUCAUCUUCAGUCUUUGUGUAGAAUGUGCUUCAUUUUAUUAAGUUUCUUUAAGGGAUAUUUCACACAAAAAUGAAAACUCUGUCACCAUUUACUCACCUUCGAGUUGUUCUAAAUCUGUAGAAAUGUCUUUGUUUGGUUGAACAUGGAGAAAUAUUAUUAUUAUUAACAGAAUAUUCCAUUCCAUUUUCUACCGCUUAUCCGAACUACCUCAGGUCACGGGGAGCCUGUGCCUAUCUCAGGAGUCAUCGGGCAUAAAGGCAGGAUACACCCUGGAUGGAGUGCCAACCCAUCACAGGGCAUACACACUCACUCAUUCACUCACGCACUCAUUCACUCACGCACUC